CGAUAAAAAUACCAAUGUUUUGGCGGAAAAUCGAUAUAAAUAAAUGUUUUUACCCAAGCCGCUAAUUUUUGCAAGAAAAUAAAACAAGUUUAAAUAAAUAAAAAAAGUGAAAGAACUCGAAAAUAUUAACAGGAACAAUAGGUGCUGCUACCAACGUUUGAACAUCAAAGCUUGCGUCACUACAGGUCUCACAGGAUACACUCGAAAUGCAGCAACCCAAUGCGGGCGCGCCGGGAGGCGACAAUUUGCUACCGUUGAAGGCCUGCAGCACCGCCGGUUGCAAAGUGGCCAACGUGGUGGACAAGACGAAAAGGAAGUGCUCCCAGUUCGUGACAGCACCGUACAUUAUGGCCAAGCCACUGGUCGUCAAUGGCCACACAUCGAUCUUUCAAGUCAGCGGCGAGAUGGCAAAGAUGGGCGACAUUCCUGCCCUUUCCGGCGGCGUACCUGGUGAGCUGCCCAUCUAUCGAAUUAAGCCUGGAACCCAUGCCCAUGUCAUCAACUAUGUCCUGGUCGACGAGGGAUCCGAUUCGCUGGAGAAAGCCAAAUCCGGCGACCAGGAGGCAAUGCGUCUGCUACUGGAGUCGCAGCGAGAGAGUGCCGUCUCCAAGCUGCAGAAGUUAAUAGCCAGCCACCGCGGCACAAACUCCACCGGAACAAAUGCAACACCCAAUACAUCGCGUCCGGGAACCUCCACUGGAGUAGGAACUCCCGCACAGGCGUCGGCUUCCUUGGCCGCCACCAGCAGCCAUGUGACUACGCCUCAAAUUCAUCCGGACUUCUCGAUUGCCAGCGUCGAGGGUGCCGUGAAUUUCGUCUCCGGCAUGUCCCCAGCCGCUUCAUCACCCCUAGCUUCCAACACCGCCACUGCCUCAUCAACUGGAACUGCUCAUACGCUAUCCGCGUCCGAGGUGGACCGCCUGCAGGCAGAGAUUAUGGAGCUGCGGCGCACAGUGGCUUCGAUGAAGGAGGGUGGUCGCUAGGAUUAAGUAAUUUAAAUUAUAAAUUAUUCUUAUUUGACUGCGAUGUUAAAAAACCCAUUCAUUUAAAACCAUAUUAUAUUUUCAUUGAUUUGAAAACAACUAGAGACACAAAUGCAUCAUUUGACAAAAAAAAAAAAAACUAAUUUGGCUCAAGGUCAUGGUAGCCCUUAGAUUUUAGAAAAUAAAACUAAUUCAUAGACACAAUAAAGAACCUCUGCAAAACAA